AUCGUUUGGAAUGAUGAGAUGGGGAAGGAAGAAACCUGUUUCUUCUUCAUCUUCUUCUUCUUCUUCCGGGUUGUCUCGUGCUCCUCCUAUUUCUUGGUUUUCAAAGUUAAGCGGUUCUUCUGACUUGAAACCUGCAAAAGAGAAGAAGCAAAAUGAUGAAGCUAGCCAGACCAUGUCUACAAAAUCUUCCUUGAGUUCUACUAAACGUCGAAAUGAUAUUAAUGAGAGCAGAAAAGGCUUUCAUAGAGUACAAAUAGAAAAGGAGAACGCUGCAACAAGAUCAGCAGAUAGGGAGUCAAAUGAGAAGUUUGAAGAGAUAAUGACCAGUGUAAGGAAGAAAGUAAGAGACUUCAAAAGAGAGACGUGUGGCUUUCUGGAAGUAGAGGCAAUGGAUAGAGACAAAGGAACUGUGAUCAUGACGCCAAGAAUUCAGGUGAACAGAGAUAAGCAGAGAUGUGAGAGACGUGACCAAAGGCUUCUCGAACAAAAGCCAAAGAGAUCAGAACAAGAUGUAGAGGUCAAGGCGAAAAAACCAGCGAGAAGGAUAGGUACAGGAAGUUACAGUAAAGAGGAUUCUAUAAAUCUUGGUCAAACUGUAACAAAAUCAGCUCCUCAGUGGCAAAAGCUCAAGGAAGUAAAACUAAGAGAAGUGAAGCUGAAGGCAGACCAACAGAGAAAAUCUCUGUACCUAAAAAGGGAGCUAAACAGGUUAGGAACAAAAGAAAACAACAAGGUUAGAGUAUUUUCACCAAGAGCAUCUGAAAAAUGCAGAGUUAAAGCUAUCGAAGACUUGAAGAAGGCUAAACUGAGAGCACGGGAGCACGAGGCUUUGAUAGAAACAGCAGAUGGAGGAAUGGAGAACGAAAGCUUUGCAGUAGUGAAAUGCUCGAGCGAUCCUCAGAAGGAUUUUAGAGAUUCAAUGAUUGAGAUGAUCAUGGAGAAUGAUAUCAACCACCCUGAAGAACUCAAAGAGCUUCUGGUUUGUUAUCUCAGACUCAAUACCAAUGAAUAUCAUGAUAUGAUCAUCCAUGUGUUUCAGCAAGUGCAUAAUGAUAUGAAUUUUCAUUAAUUUUGGUGUAUAAUAUAUAGUAAUAUAAAGAUCAGUGCAUGAUUGAUUCAUCA